AUGGGGCCAUCGAAAAGAGAAGAGAAAGAGCAGAGCAUAAUCCUGAUCAGCGACGAUGAAGCUGAGGGCACGCUUGGGAAUUCGGUUCUGUUAGUAGACCCGUUGGAGAAGUCUGCCGUGGAAGAGGAGAAAUCUGAAGAAGUUGUGGAUGAGGAAUGUGAACUAAUGGUUACUUUCUGUAAACAAGCAAAAGUGAUGCCUCAUGCAAGAUACGAUUGUACAAUACACCCGUUUGAGCGAAUGGAAUGUGAGACAUGCUCACCCCUUGGAAAAAAUGCUGAUAUUUGUAAUCAGUGCUACUGCUACAUUUGUGAUAAACUAGCUUCUGAGUGCCAGAAUUGGACAACCCCUUCCCUCUGUCACUGCAAUGCACACAACAAAAGCAAAUUCUGGAAGGACCAGCGUGACUUUGCCUUGGCUGGUGUUCUUGUAAUGUUCAAUUUGGAGCUCACGGAUAUAGACGCAGACCUUCGGCAUGGUGGAAGUCUUCUAAUAAAAUUUAUCCAGGAACUUUCUGUGGAAUAUAAUAAGUAUCUGAUUGGAGAAAGAAUGCCUCCCACACAACAUGAAUGCUUUUGCCUCCCAAAAUUGCCUCCUGGGCAGUGCAAUGUCUGCAGAUCACGCAACAUGGAGGUUGUAUACAAGUAUUCUGGAGUUUUUGCGCUGGUAACAAGAUUUUUAAAUCAGGCAGAAAGAGAGAGCCCUAAAGCUGCUGCUGUCAUGUUUCUGGGAGCAGCUAAAGAGAUAGCACUUCAUAAAGACCCUGCUUUGAUCACAACACAACUUCAGAGGAUGCUGGUGUUGUGUGACUUUACAAAGAAUUUGUAUGAAAAGUUUGUUAACUUCUUUCAGUCCAUCUCACUUCCAUGUCACUGUUUUGGCUUCUCAAAUAGCUUGAAUGUUGUGCCAUGGGACCAUGUAUUACUGACCACGGUUUUAAAAGGCCAGAACAUCACUGGUCAAAGAACACAGAAAGGAAGAAAAGUAUUUCUGUGGGAAACACUCCCUGUUAUAGAGGCUCGAGUGGAGAAAUUGGUAGACAAAAAGAAGUAUAAAGAAGUUGUUCGCUACCUGAGAGCUGUGAAAUGCAAUGAUACCAAAGGGUUAAGAGAUCUUCGAGAUAAAAUCCCAUUCUAUUUGUGUAAAACCGGAGACUUCCUCGAUGCUGCGCAUUCGCUGCUGUUUCCCGUCAAUAGCCUUGCCUGCUGUACUGCCUGCCGGAUAACGCCUUUUCAGUUUGAGGUCUACCUGAAGAUGUUCAGAACAGGCAGUGUCCCCACUGGAAAGGCUAUGCUAGACCCUGGGCCCUGGAUUACAGUUGGGACUCCCUUGAAAGAUGGUGUUCUAAUUAAGCAGGCGCUCAAACUCCUUUACAGCAAUGUGUCACUAUACAGGAAUCCUAAAUGCUGGAGUUCCCUCAUCAUGAUUUUGGGUAGUAGCAGUUUGCUGGAAAAAAGCGGACACCUACAUCCCCUAUCCCUGAAAGAGCCACCGCUUGACUUCCAAAAGGGAGUGCUCGCUGCCAGCGGCGGCCUUUUGGAGGAACUGAAGGCAAAAAUUAAUGUUUCUUUACCACCUGCUCUUUUCUCUCCCCAUUUGCACCAUGAGGCUUGUCUUAUUCUCGCAGUACAAGCAGUACAACAGAUGCUUUUUUGUGAUCUUCCGUACUUGACUUCCUUCUUAGAGAUAGCCCUGGCCUUUGGGAAUAACUUUUGGGCUCUGAGGCUGUUAUUGGACCAUCUUUCCUAUGAAGAACAUGUUCUCCAUGGCACUGUCAACCUGAUUUUGAGAGAUCUAAAUCGUCAGAAAGCAACAAUGCUAAAACUGUGGCAAAACCUUGGUCCCCAGUACGUGGGAGAAUUCCUUUGCCUCUUCCUGACAUGCAGACAUAAGAAGAUGCAAUCCAUUGGCCUGUUCACUCUGAAUAUCAUUACAGAGAACCUGCAUAUGUGUCCAUGGGCAAAGCAUCUUUGCAACUUCUUUCACAAUGCAGGAUUAAGGCACCUGCCCCUUGGCACUGCAGCUCAUCGUGAAGUCUCGAAGUUCAUAAACAUUUUUGAAAACGUGUAAUUUGGCAAAAUCUUCAGGAAUAUUUUCCAAUUCGCCUUAAUCUGAGAAAUCUCUUCCUGGAGUCCAUUGUGUUCUGCUUUGGUCGUCAUCUCCAAAAACAUUCAGCUAAAAACUGACUUCAGACAAAUCCAAAACGGAAAUCCUAGGUUAGGAUGGUGAACGGUGGCUGUAUUUCAGCAGACGUGUUUUGAAGUUUUCUUUCUUGCAGGUCCAUGU